AAUUUCAAAGCUGAAAGUCUGACACUUUCACAAACGACUGGUAGUCCAAUAGGAAUGAUAUUGUUUAUUGAUAAUGAACGUAUAAAGUAUAUAAUGAACAGAUAUAAACGAACAAGACUAGCAAAGAUCGAAAAAUACGUGUUUUCCAUUAUUGAAAAUGCAGAAUAUAUGGCAAGACUAUCACUUCCAGAAAAGGAAUUCGCUGAACGAUAUAAGCGGUUAAUCGAAGAGCAUGAACACGCGUCGUUUUUACAUGUACUCCCCCAAGAAUCAUUAGAUGUUCUAAAAGAGACUGAAAAUGGUACCGAAACGUCUUGUGCAACAAUCGAACAUCCUGAUUUAAAUCAAGCUAUAUUUUGUCGACUUAUCAAACAUGUGGGAAGUUAUUCGUUUCCGUCAACUCCUCGUGACACUGAAAUUUUAAAUAAAGAUGACGCAUAUCUGGUCAAAUAUUCGGAU